AUGAUUAUGGUGUCGCUAAGACGCAAAGAAUUCUAUGUUGGAGAUGGGAUGAUGAGAUACCUACAGAAUUCCUACGCACUAUUAUACCUACAGAAUUCCUACGCUUCCAAAAACACAAUUUCCCGCUACUUAAUCGUGCGACUCAUCGAUUACUUACUCAAACAAAACCCUACGCCUAACACCGGCGAUUUCCGACCCUGCUGCAACACUUCCGACGACGAUUCCCGACCAAUACCUACAUCGUCGACAAUUUCAGGUUUGCCCUCCAGCCGUCGCUGUCGCACACCACCAUUGGCGUUGUCCCAAACCACCACCACCUUCGCUGCCCCACACCCCCAUCGUCGACACCUUCAGGUAAAUGAGUUGCGACAAAAAGUGUCAAACAUGAAACAAGCCAUUGAUGAAAAGCAAAGUCAAAUGGAUUUGCAAAUGAAACAAAUGCGAAAUGAAAUGGAAUUGCAAGUGCAACGACAAUUGGCGGCCUUUAUGAAACAAAUCAAUUCGUCCGGUAAUCCACCAAGUAGUUCUUAG